AUGUCUCUCGCAGACCUUCCACCUGGAACCGAUCUGUGCCAGAUCCCCCUAGGGCCACCGCCGGCGGGACAGGAUAUUGAUUUCAGCAACACAGAUCUGAAAGCGCUUGGUAUCGGCGUGACGAUUCCGACAACUGUCUUGGCUACAGUUUUUGUUUUCGCUCGACUUUAUACCAACUUCCGCAAGCCCCAAUGGAGUGAUCUUCUUGUCUUCAUUGCCUUCGGCGCGAACAUUGCGCUGCAAGUGAGCUUAAUUGUUGAUUCUCGGUACUUCCGGCACACGUGGCAUUUGCCGUUAUGCUGGAUCAAUGGUAAAUACCAACAAGCGAUAUAUAUCUGGACAAUUCUGGCGAACAUCAGCCUGCCAUGUUCUAAGAUCGCCACCUUCCUCCUCUUUUUGCAGAUCUUCACGGUCUCGCGCGUAACGCGCAUCGCAAUUUACAUCGGCAUCGCAGCCAUCUCUGCCCUUUAUAUAACUGCUAUUAUUGUUUCAACAUACUUUCUCGUCCCCCAUAGUGGCCAGACCUGGGACAGUGUUAUCGCAAGUCAAGCUUCGGGGCAUUUCUUCUCGCAGUACUGGGGUGUUGCGUCCGGCGCUGCAGCUGUGUUGAUCGAUCUAUAUAUCUUUAUUCUACCGCUCCCAAUCCUGUGGAGACUAAAUUUAUCCUCCCGAAGAAAAUUGCAGAUAACAGCAGUCUUCUUAGUUGGUGUUCUUGCUGUCAUUGCGGGCGUCAUCUCCCUUAUCUAUAGAUCAUUCAGCAUCAAUGGGGGCCCUCAGGGAAGCGACGUCUCCUAUAACGCCGCGGUCAUUUCAAAUCUACUCCUCAUCGAUAUGAACGCAUCUCUCGUCAUUCCUUGUUCGACCGCUUUUGCACAUAUGUUACGUUCUCAAUUCUUGCACUCAAAACUAUUCUCAUCUUUCCGGUCAUCCCUUGGAACCAACAAAAGCGGAGGCGGGUCCUCUGGUGUCCCUGCCGGUCCUAAUCGACCGCGGACGAAGAAUGACAGCCGUUUUGAUAACAGGCGCAAGAAGCCCGCAAAGGACAGCGAUGGCUAUAUGGAGAUGAGCGAUACAUGGCUUAUGAAUAGCAACGCAACGGUAGAUAUCGAGGCAGAUGCCGGGAGUCAGAAAACAGGUGAUGGUCGCGAAGAUCUCAAGGUGACGAAGACUGUGCUUGUCGAACGGUCGCCAGCACAAAUGGCGCGCCGUACAUAUUUCCACGUGUAUGGCCUACAGGAUUUGGUGAAACACGCCUUCGUACUCAAACGUGAGGCUAUUUAG